CACGGUUGCACGUUCACCAGCUCACCAGUGAGUGGUGACGCAUUUCCAGCUUUGCGUGCCUGCGUCCCCUCACCAACGACCCACGACCAAACACGCGCAACUGCAAGCAAAUCGCAAUUCCACAGCCCACGCCUCACCUUAUCCAGCAAGCAGACCCCGGAUCGUGUCAUGACGUGUAGUUGAGAUGUCUGUUAUUAGCCAUCGCUCUCCUUCUCCUCGACUGACCUGGAGAAAACGAUGUCGCUUACUCCGUCUAACGCUCGAAUGAGGGACGCAACCCUCGGAGCAGGCAUCAAGCUCACGCCCACGCCCUUACCCUUCACGGCCACCAAGAACAACCCCCGCUCUCCUGUCAAGGCGGCCCGCGCCGAGGCGACCCUUGCUCUGCGCACUGUAAUAGGGACCACCACAAGCACCGCCAAUGCCUUCGACAGCCUCCCUACUGCGCGCUGCUUUGCAUAUACCGCAGGCACAGCUGCAGUCAUAGCCACCGUCGACGAGCAGCACAACAUCUCUCAGCGCUUCUACCGCGCUCGACCCACCACCAACCCUAUCAAUUCCUCCUCAUCCAUAUACGGGGGGCCUGCCACACCCACACAGAACGAGAGCCGCAACAGAAUAACUGCGUCGUUGCGCGAGGCCGGUCUCGGCGCAUCACCGCAUGCAUCGCCAGCGACGAACGACUGGAACGACUCGCCCAACAACAGAGCAUGGACUGCACGGGAGAAGAUCAAAGCAGCGACGUGUGUGAGCUUCAGUCCAGACGGAAAGUACCUGGCUGUGGGUGAGACAGGGUACAAGCCUCGCGUACUCAUCUUCUCCAAUUCCUCAGACGCCCCCUCAGAUACACCUCUUACUGCCCUGUCGGAGCACUCAUUUGGCGUCAACUGUGUAGCCUUCAGUCCAGACUCGCGGUACCUUGCAAGCAUUGGGACGGCGCAAGAUGGCUUCCUAUACGUAUGGAGCAUCAACCCUCGUACUGGAGCCGCGACUCUCCACUCCAGCAACAAGUGUGUCAGCAACAUCAACCAGAUGACCUGGAUGGGGAACAAGCUCAUCACCGUAGGCACGCGGCACGUAAAGGUCUGGUCUCUCGAAGACCGUAAUCCUGUUCAACGGGUGUCGAAACCACGUCAGAGCGAUAUGUUUUCUGGCAGUACGCAUAAGCCACUAUCUGGCAGGAACUGCCUGCUGGGAGACCUGCAAGACGCAACGUUCACGAGCGUGUGUCAAGUAGCACUCAGCAAAGCGAUCGUGGCAUCUGAGCGUGGCGACUUAUGCCUCAUUGACGAGACAGAACGAGAUCAGAAUUUCUCCCGCGUAGCGCACGCUGGAUUCUCGAUCAGUUCCAUGGCCACCGAUGGCAAGGGACGGCUUCAUCUUGCGGGCACUCAUGGAGGGUUGAAGACGCUCACGGUGGCCAGCCUCACCAGCAAAUUGACACCACCGCCAUCACCAUCCUCCCAGGGCUCUCGAGGCGGGUCGCCCACUAUCUCCAUCACCGAUUGCAGUAACCAAAUCAGUGCAAUCGCAUGUCUGGCGGAGCACAUCGUGACGGUAGAUUCGCAGCGUGCUAUUCGCUUGUCACAUCUGUGCGCGGCCAGCGUGGCGACCGAGGACUUGACUAGUACCUCUCAUUCCGCAAACGAUGAGACGAGCAUCGGUGAUGUCAUACAUACGCUGCCAGCACAGGGCGACUCUGUACUGGGGGUUAGAGUCCUAUCUCGAUCGAACAACCUCGAUGCAUCGUACUACACAUGGGCUGCAGGUGGUAGCGUCAUAUUCUGGAGUCAGACUGGUAGUACUCAAAGAUCUCUGCAGGUGGCACUAGAACAGCCUGCUGGUUCUGACUUCGUGCCAAAUGAACUCCGCACAGUUCGCGCCUCAUCUGAUGCCAGCUUUCUCGUCACUGGAGAUAAGAUGGGUGUAUUAAGGAUCAUCGAUUGCAGAUUCGAGACUGUCAUCUUCGAAUCGAGAGCGCACUCAAACGAGGUCACCAGCAUUGCCAUCUUUGAAGAUGAAAGCUCCACUCUUGUCGCUUCUGCAAGCAGAGAUCGCACCGUACAGAUCUUUAGUCGAGAAAGAGGCAAAUGGACACUGCUGCAGACUCUGGACGAGCAUGCCGGAGCCGUGCUGGGCAUACAGUUCUCACAGAAUGGCACACGUCUUGUCUCGUCGUCGAGUGAUCGCAGUAUUGUCGUGCGUGAGAUGUUGUCUCGAGAGGAGGACGGCGAGACCAUUCGCGUCUUCGUCUUCCUCCGCUGCAUAGCGUUCAAAUCCACGCCGGUGUCUAUGACAUGGGACGUUGAUCAGGAUGAUGUACUGAUCGCAUCGAGUGUCGACCGUCAAGUGCACAAGUUCGACGUGCAGAGUGGGCAGUGCCUCAGUAAUUUCAAGGCAUCAGACAGCGACGGGGGUGAUGCUGUCGUACUGCACUCAUUGGCUCAUAUCCCACGCGAGUGGGGCUCACCUCUUAUUGCAGGAGUAUCUAGUACAGACAAGUCGAUACGCGUCUACGACGAAAGCGGCACCCUACUCGCUCGAGACUGGGGUCACACUGAAGGAGUCACAGAUAUCGCGUUUGUACAACCCUCGAAUGCGCAGGACGAAGACUCGCGCGACAAGUCCCUGGUCACGGUUGCCGUGGAUGGAACCAUCUUCGUCUGGAGUCUGACAUUGCAGUCACCGUACCGUCAAGAGAUGUACAAGUCACUGGAUGUGCUAGGUACAUCAGCAGAAUCAACAACAAGUUUACUGUUAAGCAAGCCUCCAAUACGCCGUGUGCUGUCACAGUCCGGGCUCGCCAAGUUCCAACGCUCGCCAGAUGACAGUGGCAGUGCGACCCCUACUGGCAGCAGAUCACCUACACUGAAGAAGAAACUUUCGAAGUUCUCUUUAGACAAGACUCAGACACCGAAGCUCGACCCAUCGCCACUACCCAGUAGUGUACGAGAGAGAAGGAAUGGGGGCACAACGAAUCACACUUUUUUACGCAGGAAGAAUAACACGUCACCUUCACCUCCAGCUUCACCAAAGGCGCGUGUUACACAGAGGCGAGCAUCUGUAGAUGUCAGGUCUCGGCCGAACUUGAGAGGGCCAGCAAGCGAGUAUGGCAGCCUUGCAGGCGCAAGCGAGAGCUUUUGCAGACAACUCAAGGCCUACCGCAAACGUCUCGCCAGCAGUACCGAGGCGCUGGAUACCGACAUAGUCAAGGAAAUCCAACGUGAGCUUGCGGCAACUGCACGAACGAUCGGUGAGCGGGCUAAGACGAAAGAGUUUGAUGAGACUGCCAUGGCGAAGCUCUUGGAUCAGUAUUCCGAACGGCUCGUCAAUAUACUCGACGAGAGAAUUGCUGCUAGUGUGGCUCUACGGACUCGCCAGGACAGUGAAGCUGCAUUAUCCACACCACUGAGAUCCCCUGCGGAUUACAGACAGUCACCCAGCUCGCUGGGCCAGAGCAAUGAUACGACUGCGGGAGAUGAAGAGUCUAGGGAGAUCCUCACCCCGAUAACAACGUCGACUGAGACGGCGGAAGAGGUCUCAGAGAGAUGAAACAUUUCAGAGACGUCGACAGUAUGAUCUUGAAAUGUUUACGACAAGGCGUUUGAAUACUGGGUGGUCUUUUGGAUAGCAUACGGCGUUGAAACUGUCGAGGAAGGCAUUGAUCCUCAGACAUCUUGUACUGUGUAUACGUAAUUGUAGUCUUUAGUUCUGCU